AUGGCGGCCACGCUGAAAGACUUAACCGCCAAGGCAACCGUGCCGCGUAGGACAGCUGAGUUAAAAGAGACUGGAUUGGAGGACUCGGUCACCCCAGAGGAGGUGAAGGCCGCCAUUGCCGAGGCCGGGGGCUGUCGCGCCGACGAGAUCAGUGUGGGUACGCUACGCUCCUCGAGGCCUCGGGUGGGUGUAGCUACGCUGCCCGGUAACAGCGGCCGGGAAAAUCAACAGAGGAGGGGGCGCCCGAUCGGGAGGGACUGCAAGUCGGUGGUCGACCGGUCGGAGCGCUGCUAUCGAUGCGGGGCAGAAGGACAUCGUACCAGGGAUUGCUCGGCGCGAGUACCUAAGUGUCCGGUGUGCACAGACAUGGGACUGAACGCGUCACAUCGCAUGGGGUCGCCGGCAUGCAAACCGCCGGCCCGUAAAAAGAAGGCCGCAUAG